AUGCCUCCCAAGAAGGGCCCGCGUAAGUCGAUGCCUGGGCGCAUACAUAAAGCGCCCACAUUGACACCUUCACGACGAUCCCCACGAGUACCUCCGCUGCAGAACAAUUCAAAUGAAACUUCUCGAUCCGCCAAAACGCUGAACAUCCCCUCCGCCUCCCCGCAAGACAAUCCCAUGAACAUCCGCUUCUACAGUCCCAAAACAGCCCCUUCAAGUCCUUACACACAAUCAAACCCCCCUGAAACACCUUCAUCACGGCGAAGGGUGUUUCAAUCACGUCCGUCACGCCUGUCGACCGUUUACACCCCCACCGUGGAGACCCCGGCCACCAACCAAGGGACUCGACGCACCAGGCGAACCACCACCCUUACGACUCCAAAGCAACAGGCAUCAGAAACAUCUGAUCUUGAAAUUCCAGAUAGCGCUGAAAGCGGCGGGUGGACUUUUGAUCAAUACAUCGGAAGCUUCAAAACCGAGCCACCAGCUGACGGGCCAUCAAGCCCUACUUCCGCAUCCGACAUGCGCAACUCAUCCCGAGUUCGCAAGCCAACAAGAAGGGCCAUUGAGUCUCUUGAAACAUCCAGAAGGAACACUCGCCGCCAAACUACUCUCGCUUCUAGUCCGACUGUGGAAACACCCAAUCCUGGCGCCAAAGAUACGAAGCACAAGGUCACCAAGAAACCGAUCAAGAAAACGAGAACUUCCAAGCGCAUGGCUAAUUCAAAUCAGCGGAAGGACGCUACAUCGCUUGAUCGCGAUGUCGACAUCAAUGUUGCCGCGAAGCUCCUGGUGGACCUCGCCGUUGAAGCCCUAAGUCCCGGGUUCAAACUUCCACCCAAUCAUCGCGAAAUCCUCAAGAAGCUCCGUGAAGAUUUCUACAAAAGCCGAAACCAGGCCAAUUAUGACGCUGAAUUGCCUGUGGACACAUCAUCUAAGUCCGACGAUGCCGACGUUGCAGAUGAAGACACCUCAGCGGGGCCUGAGAUUACGCUCACCUCGCCUGCUCCGCUGACUACUGGCACUACUGAAGUGGGCAUUCUGAGUAAUCAGAAGAUAUCUGACAUUAAAGUCAACAGUGAUGGCUGGGUAGAUACUGGGCGAGUUAAUAGUCAGGGUGAGGAGAUCACGCUCAUCCCGGACAACUAUCAUCCUCACUUCGCAGCCAAUUCCUACGGCUAUGAGGGACUGCCCUGGCCUCCAGUGCGGGCUCGGUCCACCCAACAGGCCGAAGCCGAUUACUCUCACGGAUUUCCCCCAUUGAUGGGGAGCCGCAAUGUCCCCGCGGAAGCGCUGAAUCCCUUCACCACGGAAAACGUGCAGGAAGAGCAGGCGCGCGCGCUGGCUAAUGCCCCUGCUUCAGCCCCGCCGGUCAAGGACAAGAAACCCCGUGCGCGCAAGCGCCGUCAGACCGAACCCGCCCCGGCUGACACCAAUGGCGAAGAGGCCGUCUCUGCCACCGCCACAGUCCAAACACCCGCUCCCAACGGCGGGCGCAAGUCACAGCGCCGCCGUCGCCAAACCGUCCCUGCUCCUGCAGCCCCUUCUUCUUCGUCCCCAUCUACUCCGCCGACCACCGCGACCCAGGCAAAGUCUGGCCGUGCUGGCACUGUUGCCUCUCCUGCCACUGAGAGCAACAAGCCUAAGGUCCAGCGGCUUCGCUUGACCUUGAAGCCGGUCAAGACUGCAUCCCCUGGGCGUGUCUCCGUUUCCGCCGAGUCCCUCGCCUUGAAGUCUUCUCCCUCCCCUGCUCUGUCGAGUGCGCCGUCCCCCGUAAACUCGAACAAGCGCCGCCCGCGCCGGGGCUAA